GAAAAUUUGCCGAACUUUUCCGAGGCACGGCAGCCAUUUCUGUGGGAGCGUUUUAUUUGCGAUAAAAUCGUUGCAAAAACUUACUAAAUUCAAGGAAAAACUAGCGCAAAGUGUGUCCCAGUUGGCAAGCUACAAAAAGUGAUAGUUUUCAAGGUUCGCACCGCGCUUUCGGGAUGGUUUUCCAGCCGAAUUAUCGUUCCGGCCAGAUGAACCGUGGCGGGGGUCGCGGAGGGUACUCCCACAGCCGGGGAGGUUCCCGCGGGGGUAGCUCGUACCGCGGAGGCGGUGGUGGAGGUUAUCAUCACGGCGGCAGCUAUAAUGAUCGGGACAAUUCGCGGAAUCGGUACAGCGGUGGUGGGGGCGGAGGGAACAGCAGCUCGUACAACGAUAACCGCUCGUCCCGGUACGACAACAACCGGUACUCGCGACAGGACACGCGCCCCGGAAGUGGAGGGGGCGGCGGACACUACAAGCGGAACGAUUCGUACAAGGAUAACCGGGAUCGUCGCUCGCCGGACCGGAAGCGCCCUCGCGCGGACCAUUCGCAGGGAGGCGGCCGGCGAGAUUACAGUGCCGGAGGUGACGGCGGCAAUUACCAUCGUGGCCGCGACGGAAGCUCCUCCGGUCGGUACCAUGACAGCUCGUCGUCCUACGACAAACGCAACAGCAGUGGCGGGGCCAGCGCCGGCAAUGAUCACCACUCGUCGUCGGGCGGCGGAGGAGGCUCGAGCGAACGGUUUGAUAACCGCAGCAGCAGCCGGGGCCGCGGAGGAGGCGGAGUUGGCGGCGGUGACAAGUCGCGCGAUUCGAUGGGACCGCCGCGCUCGAUGGGUCCGCCGAGGAUUUCACGCGGCGGAAGCUCCAGCUCGCUGCGCAGUUCCGGCCCACGGUCGACGUUGCCGCCGCAUCUGAUGCGACGGGGGCCGGGUGGGCCACCGACCGGUAUGCGGGGUGGUAGGCUAACGAGUCGUUUCAGGAGCGAUGGGCGCCGGGGCGGCAUCCUGACCAGCCGGUUCAACACACGGCGCGAGAUUAUGCCGAUUCGGACGCGGCGGUUCCCGCCGGUGCGCCGAGACGGGGUGGGCAGCGGCCGGAUCACGAAGCGCACGCUGGACACGACCGGGGUGUCGAAGAAGGCCCUCAUCAAGCGCGCCCUCGCGGCCGCCAAGGAGCUGGACGACGAUGAUCAGACGACCGAGAACGAAGGCGAGGAGGACGACGAAGAGGAGGAGGAGGAGGAAGAGGACGUUGAUGACGACAAGGACACCACGGUUGCCGAUGGCGAGGACUCCAAGCAGGAUCUGGAGGACAGCGAGGAGGAGCCGGAAGACGCGGACAAGGAGGUGUCCGAGAAGGCGGACAAGUCCCAGGACGGGGGUGGUGACGGGGAAGAGGGUGGGGACGAGGAAAAAGAAGGGGGCGGAGUGGCUGAAAAGGCGGACAAGUCGGAAGAGGUUGGCGAGGGGGACGAGGAGAAGAAGGACGCUCCGGCUACGCCGAAGAAGGUGGCCGCUGCUAAGAAGGUCGUUAAGGCUAAAGGGUCACCCGCGAGCGAGGAUGGUGGGGAUAAGAAGAAGAAGGACACCCGGAUUACCACCAAGUACCGGAACUCGUCGUACAUCAAGCUGAGCUGCUGUCACUGCGGAACCAAGUGUAUUCACUUUAAGGAGUAUCAAAACCAUCUGUUCCGUGGACUGCACAAGGCCGCCAUGCGUCGACUGGCCGGCAAGACCCGCGACAAGCUGAUGGAGAUGCGCCAGAAGCAGCGCGUUGCCCAGAAGGAGGAGGACGAAAAGGUGGACGCCGAUAGCGAGCAAAAGUCGUCGUACUGUCCGCUGUGUCAGCUCAACUUCCGUCAGCCCAAGGCGGUCCACCAGAAGUCCGACGGUCACAAGGAAAUGAAGCGGUUCCUGAUGCCGUACUGCGCGACGUGCAAGAUCGGCUUCAAGAGUCCGAUGGCGUACGAGGCGCACCGUUGCUCGCUGGAACAUCUCAAGUUUAAGGCCCGCGUCGAGCGGUACGCGGCAGCCGCCAAGGAAGACGAGGACGCCGGAACGGAAAUCGACCUGGAGAACUUUACCACGGUUGAUGAGGUGGGCAACGUUGACGAACCGACUAUCGACACCGGCAAGGAUAACGCUUCGACGCCCAAGAAGGAUGGAUCCGCCGGGCGGCCGGGAACUGACGACGAUGAGGACGACAGUGAUGGCGUUGACGAUGACACGGUCAUCAUUGGGGCGGAGCAUGUCAAGAAGGUGGAGGUGCAGUACUGUGACCUGUGCAACAUGUACCUGCCCCGGCGCGACGAUCCGGAGAAGAUGCUGAAGGCUCACUGCAAGAACCGGGCCCAUCUGCGGUUGUACAUCCGCCAGCGCGAGGACAAGAAGCUGCGAAUGCGCGCCGAACGCAUCCACAAGAAAAAGCUGACCGACGCCAAGGCUAAAAAGGACGCCAAAAAGGGCGACGCAUCGGUCACGUCGGAAGCGGAUUCCAGUGAAAAGGCGGACGCCUCAGCCAAAUCGGACAAAAAGGGCGACGACUCGGAAAAGAAGGAGGAAACCGCCAACGAGGACCAGCUGUGGGAGGUGGUCGACAACGAUCUGGGCGAUCUGCUGCGCGAGGUCAGCAAUCCGACCGAGGACGCCGAAGAAGAGGAAGACGAAGAGAAGGCCAGCUCGGAGCGGUACGACAAGUUCAAGCACACGGAAAAGAACGGCGUCGAGCCGGCCAGCAGCAGCAGCGUUGUUGCGGAUGACGACGUGGUGGAAGUUCCGGUCACACCUGCAUCGGCAAACACGGAAAAGAAAGCGGGCUCCGCAACGGUCAAGAAGGCCACCAACGGCGAUGCCAACGGUGGCGCGGCCGCCGCAGAGAAGGAAGUCAAGGCCGAUGCUUAAGAGUAGUCAUCAUGUGUGUUUGCACGCUCUGACAAAGUUUUCAUUGUGUAACACAAGUGUUUUAAUUUUUAAAUUUCCAACAUACCUUUACUACAUAGACGUUGCAGCCGGCGCGCUCCUGGGUAGGCAAAACGGCACGAAUACCCAGUUUAAAAUAAACAUUAAAGUGUUGUCGAGCAAAGUUCAGCUAAAACUUCACAACUGAAAUAAAUGAUAAUAAAAAGUA